AUGUUGAGAUCACUAAUAAGACCCUUUAAUUUACAAAGAACCACCUUGUUGAGGCAAAGCAUAGCUCCUGUGGCUCCCUUAUACCGGAAAUUCUCCCAGUCAUUCGUAAACUACAAAACAAACACAUCAACCUAUACAAAGGAAAAUGUGCAUGAUCUAGAGACAUUCCUCACAUUGAUCGGUCGUAACUGUAUUGAACACUUGGAUUUGUUUGAAGGUGAUUUGAACAAGUUUAUUGAAACUCCAAGUAAGAAAAUGAAAGAAAUGGGUAUAGAUACGAGAACUAGAAGAUAUUUGUUAAGAUGGAAACACAAAUUUGUCAACAAUUUAGAACCAUUACGGGAGCAUAAAAGAGGAGUAAAGAAGAAUGGUGGCGAGAGGAAAUCCAAGACGGUAAAGGCAAAGAGAAAAGCACUACAAAGGUUGGAAGACAAAGAGAAAUUUAGUCAAGAGGAAAUGGAUGCAGAACAUAGAGGUGAAAGAUUGUUUUAA